CGAGACCCAAGGUCCCAAGACCAGAUGAUAAUUAAAUUAAAAUAGGUUAUGUAUGGUUAUGUUUACAGUAUGGAUUCAUUCAGUCGAACAGAGCAAUGAGUCAUAUCAUAGUUAGUUUUAAUUUAGUUUGAUUAGAUAGAAUUAGACCGGCACAAUAAUUAUUGUAAAUGUAAACAUUUUUCCUUUCAACGUGAAGACAAUACAAGUUUAGUUUAGAAGAAAGUGCAAGAGAAGAAACACCCAUAAAGAAAAAAAAGAACACCCAUAGCCAAGAGUUCAUUUGCGAUCAUCAUACCUAUCAGUAAAAAUGUUUUCCAGACCUUCUUUGAUGAAACACACUUUAAAGCCUUCACUGCAUUUUUUAAAGGUUGACAGUGCAGCCCAUCUACAUGUUUGCUGUCUUCGAAACUUAAAACUCCCUUCAAGAACAAAUGAAGUUAGACUUUUAAAUGGUUACGUAUCAAGUUCCUUUGGUUCUAUUUUGCAAGCGAGACAUGAAAGCACAACCAGCUCAAAGGUGACAGAAAAAUCAAAUGAGAGGUUAGCAGAAUUGGACCCGAUUCCAGAACCUCCCACUGCUGUCACAUCGUCAGCCCCUUCAGACAUAACGAGUUCUGUUCAGUCUAGCAGAUUUACAACUGACUCCUCAUCAAUAGAGAAUAGCUAUGAUUCUGUCUCAAAUACACUUCCAGAAGUCUACAGGGUCGCUAUGGAGGUGUUUUCAAGUUUCCCAGCGGAGGAAGAUCUAGCAGUGGCUCGUCCUUCCAAAUCUUCCUCUGUAACAACAGUUGAAUCUUCUGAAACAGGACCAGAUAUCUACAAGACUGCGAUGGAGAUCUGGUGUGAUCCGGCUUCUUCAACAUCGGAUCAUGGAACAUUAGACGUCGGAAAUGUUGCGUUUGAAGCAGCCAGUUCUCCAAAGCUGCAAGGAGAACUUUCUUCGGAGUCUGGUUAUGUCAGUGCAUUAGACUCUCUUCCAGAUCCGCCAGCUGUGAACAGUCCAGUUUCUAUGCUUGAGGGCUAUGGACAUGAGACUCCAUUUUCGGAGCUUGGGCUUGGCGGAUGGACCCCUCCUGGGAUGGUCCAGACUUGUUUAGAGUAUUUUCAUGUAGACUUAGGACUACCUUGGUGGCAAGCCGUCGUUGCUGGUACUAUACUAAUCAGGUUAAUGCUGUUUCCCAUAGUCAUUGCGUCCCAAAGAAAUAUUGCAAUAUUGAAUAAUAAUAUGCCUCAAAUGACACACAUUCAAGCAAAAGUUACAGAAGCAAGGCAGCGGGGAGACAAGUUGGAAACCGCUAGAUACACAGGCGAAUUAAUGAAAUUCAUGCAAGAAAAAAAUGUGAACCCAUUUAAAAAUAUGCUGCCACCACUGGUUCAAGCACCAAUUUUUAUCUCAGUAUUCAUGGGAAUGCGGAAGAUGGCUAAUUUACCAGUGGAAAGUUUGAAAACUGGAGGAACUCUGUGGUUUACGGACCUCACUGUGCCAGACCAGUUCUACAUGUUGCCGAUCAUCACUAGUGCCACAUUGUUUUGUACCGUCAAGAUUGGAGCUGAAGGCACACCUUCCACAAGCCAAAACUCACAUCUGCUCAAAUACUUAAUGAUGGGACUACCUUUGAUUGUGUUCCCAUUUACGAUUAGCUUCCCUGGGCUUAUGCUCGUAUAUUGGACAACUUCAAACUUCUUAUCAUUGGUGCAAGUUGGAAUACUCAGGAUUCCUAGAGUGAGAGAAUUCUUCAAGAUUGAACAAUUGGUAAAACAUACACCAACAAAUCUGGCCAUAAAAGACAAAGGAUUCGUUGGAAACGUAAAAGAAUCCUGGAACAAUUUCAAAAUAACCACAGAACUACAAGAGAGGGAAAGAAUGGAUAGAAUGGCAUUUAUGAAAGCAGGCCGGGAUCCAAUCAAGAAAACCUACAAGUACGAUCCAACUAAAGUCAAGCCUACUAUUCAAGCGAAGAAAGCAACAUAGUUGUGAAUAAUGUUAGAAUGUUGUAAUGAUAUUGUUAUAAAGAGUGACUGGUUUAGACUGUACUUUUUGUUGUAACAUGUGAUACCUGCAGUCAGUUAUUGUUUAUACUUUUAGAGUUAUGUGAAGUAAAAACCUUUAACGUUG